GUUGUUUUUUUUAUUAUUGGCUGCCCUUUUUUUUUUGUUAUUGUUGUUGUUGGUUCGCAUUUUCCGCUGCGUUACCCGUCGUCGUCGUCGUCGUUGUCGUCGUUGUCGUUGUGUGUUGUGGUUCAGUUGUCUGUGCGUGCGCGCGCGCGCCCGCAACCUCUCGUGUGUAGUGUGUAGCGCACGAUUGUUGUUGCUCGAUCGAGUGCGUGUUAACCGUGAGCUAGACGCAGUGACCGCGUACCACGGUGUGUUUUGUGGCAAAAGAAAACCACACGCUCUCAGUAGUGGAACGGCAGUAACCAGUGACCGAGCUUGGCACCGAGCAGCAAAACCAGUACGACCCCCGGACCACGGCCGGCCGGAGACGAGACACUCUACUACUUGCUUGCGUGCUUGCUUGCGUGCCAGUGUGCGUGUGUUUGUUUCGUAUUACCGCCGUCGUCCGCCGUCGGCAGAAAAGUGCACCGCCAAGUGUUCCCUCUAUCCAAGUGUGCAUCCAAAGGGGGGGUUAACGUACGUACGUCCUUUUAUUUUGUGCCGGUGGCUCGAUUCCUCCCGGAAUAACAGCAGCAGAAGCAGAAGCAGCAGUAGCAGCGAGCAAGCAGUGAUAGUUGCCGUUUGUCAACACACGAGCACACUCCACGAUCAACCCAUCUUUGGCAUCUCUCAACCUAGCCAAUCAAACAGUGCCUAAACGAAGGCGUUCCGAAGGCCGCCACCUCUGCAAUCAGCGUAUCUUGCUGCUGCGUGUGCUGUGGGGAGUGGAAGAAGAAAACAGCCCUUCGGUUUCCGUGUUGGAGCAGGUGCAGGUGCAGGGAAAAGCCCUCACCAUAACCGCGCUUUCCAGGAGGGAUUACAACCGAGCGACCGAGCUCCACGGCGUGGGGGCAGAUCUAGUGCGGUGGCCCGGAGCGAGCACCAAAAAUCCACGGACCCACCGCUAGUAGCUCGAACUAGCUCCCUUCCCAUGCACAUGCAGCAGCACUAGGGACCGGCGGCGGCGGUGGUGCGAAAUGGUGCAAUAUGUUGCUAGUAGCCCAUCAGGCCGCGCAGUAGGCGCUGGCCACCGGAUCACGAGCGACCGAGACGCCUCGUAAUCGCUCCCGCUCGCUUCGUCAGUCGUUUAUUUUUUGCCCGAGCGUUGGUGGGCCACGAGUGAAAGGGGAUGGCCGACAGAGAAGGUUCCGGACCGGCGACGUUGACGGGGGUGGACGGUGGUAGUGGCGCCAGUGGAUCACUGCCGAUGAUGCCGAUGAUCGGGCUGGUGUCGGCGCGCGGCCACACCACCACCACCACCACCACCACCACCACCACCACCACCACCAUGGUGCAUCCACAUCCGACCCCGAUCCGCGCACCCGGACCUCCCCCGUUUCAUGUGCAAUCAGCGAUGGCGAUGGUGCAUCCGUACGCUGGUGGUGGCCUCCAGCAGCCAGCUUGUGCACCGUCACAAUUCACGCACCACGCAACAGGAACUUCGUUUUCCACCACGGGCGCCAUGCAACAGCGGAAUCAGAUGAGCCCAAUAACAACAACGGUUGGUGUUGUGAGUGGACCGCGGAUCGUGAUACUGCACCGGCACAACGGGGAUUUCGGGUUCACGUUGCGCCACUUCAUCGUCUAUCCGCCGGAUUCGGUUACGGAAUCCUCCACCAGCACGAUACCGGGCGUCGGGAUACUGAACUUUGUGCAUCCCAUGGACACGGUGUUCGUGAAGAAGGUACACCCGAACACGCCGGCACACCUGGCCGGGCUGCAGGAGGGCGAUCGGUUGCUGGCGGUGAACGGGGUGCCCGUCACCUCGAUACCGUACUCGCAGGUGGUCGCGACGAUACAGCAAACACCGAAAACGCUCACCCUCCAGGUGGUGCCAAAGAACUUUGACAUCCUGCAAACGUUUUUCAGCGAAACGGCCCACAACCCGGAAACGAAUCAGCGACGACCACAGCCCCAGCAGGUUUACGCACCGAGGGUGAUGCACCCGAAGCUGAAGGGCCAACCGCCGGUGCUGACGGUGGCCGGCGUCCAGGAGAAACAGGAAUCACUGUACAGUGCGCUGCAGGAGAUCGUGACCGUCAACCCACUGGAUAGCAACAACAGCAGCAGCAGCAGCAGCAGCAACAGCAAGCAUCCAAUUUAUGCCGAGGUACCAAGGGUACUGGCGAGCGGCAACCAAGCACCGCACCAGGUUACUCAGUUGACGGUGAAGGCGGCCAGCGGGCCACACACAGCCCAGGCACCGUCACCAUCCAGCGUGGAAAGCGCCGAAACGCAGCAUCAGUAUUUGUCCAAGCAGUAUCAGAGUUUGCAGCAGCAGCAGCAGCAGCAGCAGCAGCAGCAGCAACACGAGCAGCCCGAGUACGCCAGCGCGAAAGAGACGAGCGCCAGCUAUGUGGCGCUCGGUGACGGGGACAGUGCCAUCAUGUCCCGGUUGCGCAAAAGCCUUGAGCAGAAGGAAGAGUUUCUGCGCCGUCCCGUACCAACGGUACCGGUCACGUCCGAGCCCGAUGCCCGUCCGCGAUCCACGACCGGGCGUGGAGUGGCCGGGGAGGAGUCGGCUACCGGUGCUACCACGACCGGUGGUGCGUCAGCAUCCCGCCCCAGCGUACCACCGAAACCGACCGGGGGCGAUGUGCAGCAGCGCGAGUUUUACGGCCGUCCGAAUCGUUUACAGAAAUCCGUCUGGCCACCGACGGCAGCACAUCCGACGGUCACCACCAGCACCCGGUCGGUUGUGUUAGGUACAACGCCACCGCUACCAUCACCACCAUCAACCGGAACGACAGCAGCAGCAGCAGCAGUAGCGACGAAACCUUUCCCUACUCCAACCGGCACACAGCCAACGCACGCCUCCAAUCUGUCCGUCAUUCGGGAGCUCUUCUUUACCGGUGGUGGUGGUGGUGGUGGUGUAGAAGUGCGGGGAGCGGGAACAACGGCCACGGUGCCGAACGGGGCCCGUCUACCAGUGGAACGCCAUUCGGAACCGCUGCACUUGACCAUACCGUCCGAGCAGCAGCAGCAGCAGCAGCUGUUGUUGGAUGAGAUGAGCGUGCCCGCGUCGUUGGCGGGCGGCGUUGGCGCCGCUGCCGGUGCUGGUGCGCUGCCCCUGUCCGCGCACAGUCUGCACGCCGUCUCCGAGAAGGCGAAACUGUUCGAAUCCGGUCGCCCACUGUCACCGGAAGGGAUCGAUCGGAUGGAUCUGUACAAGAGCGAACUGAGUCGCAUUAACACGAAGCAGGUCGUACCGAAUGUGGCCGUACGGCGGCGAGAAUUUGAGCUGAAGGCAGAGAGCACCGGCUGGUGCCGGUCGACCGACGAUCAAACGCCAUCCGUGUGCUCCGACUCGGAUUCGACGCACAAAACGACGGGCGGCCGCGUUCGGUCACUCUCGGUGGAAUCCACUCCGUCACAAUCGGAGCAAAGCGCCGGGGUUAAGGUGGUGGCGCGACCAGCUGCUGCACCGGCACCAGCACCAGCACCAGUGGACAGUAGCGGUGUACCGUCGUCUUCGUCAUCUCUCGGCUCGGAGAACGGUCGGGCCGGGCCAGAGAAACCCCUCUGCCCACCGUCGGUGCCGACCGUCGCUUCCGAUCCGUCCCCACCAGUGGCGGUAGGUCCGGGGGUAGCGAUCCUGCGCCAGAAACCGAUUCGUGACGAUUCCUACCGGAAUGUCGUCUGCAACUCGUCCGCCUUCUGGUUGCAAGGGUCUGCAGCGGCCCCAGUAACGCCGCUCACGUCCAGCAGCGACAGUCUGGCUGCAGCUCACUGGUUGCAACGGCCCCUGUUGCUGGCGUGCGAUGCCACCACGGAACGGCAACCGGAAGGCAGCGUACGGAAGGCGAUACACCGCAACCAGACGAUCGUCGAGGUGGGUGGCGGACGCCCGUUCUCAGACAGCGACGACAAUGACGACGAAAGGAUGCUGCCACAGCAACAGCGUCGCCGACGCGCCGGAUCUGCAACCGCUUCUACUGCUGCUGCUGCUGCUGCUGCUGCUGCUGCUGUUACUCCCACUGCCGCUACUGCCUACUGCGCCACCCCUUUGUCACCCAUUUUGGCUGGAUCGUUGCAGACGACCAACGAAAGUCGGGGCUGGGCCAGCCGCCACCAGCAGCCACCACCGGGUCGUGGUCCGGUUCGUCCAACGACGCUGGACUUAUGCACAGAUGGCCUCGGUCCCCCGAUCAUACUCCGGUCCAAGCAGCACCAGCAGCAGCAGCAGCAGCAGCAACCGAUGGAGAAUGAAGAUGAGCGGAAGAUGCGCCGCAUCUCCUACCUGAAGGCGACGGCCAGCGACAAUCUGUUCCAGAUGCUUGAGGGCGAUACGGGCGAAUCCGGCACGGCACAGCUGCCCGAAACCACGGCCAACGCGACCGACUGCUUGCUGUCUGCGAUUGCGGCCACCGACAAUCAAUCAACGACGACGACCACGACCACGACGACGACGACCGGGACGACCGGGACGACCGGGACCGGGACCGGCAGUGAUUCACCGACGAUCACCGGCGUCAAGAUGCAGACGACGUCCACGAUGACGACUGGGGCGGCUUCGCUAGGGUCCUACAGCACCCAGCAACCGCAGCUGAAGAGUGCUUUUCGCCCCUGGCGAAGACCACGCUUCACCGAUGACAUCCAACCGUUGCGCCGCAUUUACGAGGCCGACUCGGAACGGGAGGCCGAAUCGCCGGUUUGCCGUAGUAGCGCCACGAUCAGCCAGCCGCUGUCGCCAACGCCGGCGUUGGCGGCGACCGCGGACAUGGCACGGCACCAGCCCUUCUCUAAUUCACCGCACCACCACCACCACCACCACCACCACACUGCGCUAGAUAGUGCGCGGUGGUUAGCUGGUGCGGCCUCGGCCAGCCUCGGUAACCUGCACGUCAUCACGAUGACCACACCGGGCGGUCAGGUGACGCGAAACUACUUCUUCGCCCAGAGCCACGGUAGCAAAUCGAAGGCGCUAGCCCACUUCCGGGACAAUCCGGCCGACCUGUCCGAGC